GCCGACCGCCCCGCUGGCACGCCGCCGAUGUGCCGCGCGGGGCUGGCGGGCCAGCCUGCAGGCCCGGCGGCUGCGGCGGCCGACGCCGCCACGCCCAGAGGGCAGCGGGCGGUCGCGGCGGCCACCGUGGCCGCAACCCAGGAGGUUUGCUGGGGGCCGCGUGCAUGCGUGCGGUCGGACGUUGUGCAGAGCCAGUGCGCAGCGGGGCUGCUCCAGGGCGCGAGCGAUCUCGGCUGUGAUCCGAGCGGAGCCAGCAAGGCUGGCUCCAUCGGGAGCUGCUUGCAGUCGUUGCGUGGCGAGGAUACCGAGCACGUCGUCGUCGUGCGGCGGGUUAACGCCCUGGGUUUCGAGACCCCGAGGGCUCUGGCGCUGCAUUUCUCCGCCUUCGGGCGGGUCAGCCGGGUGCUGGCCACGCAGUCGAAGGUGGCGACGCCCAGCGGCCGCUUCCGCACCCGGCCCGGGGGCGUCGCCUUCGUCGUCAUGGCGGACGCCGACGGCGCCCAGCGCGUCCUGCGGGCGGGCCCGCGGCAGGCCGUCGCCUCCGCGAGCAUCUCCGUGGAGCGCUUCGCGGAG